UCCCGCUACUCAGCGCGGGAACAGCUCGGGUUUGAGACGCCGUCUGUGUAGCGUCCCGCGCUGGAGGAGGCGCUGUCACGUCUGGGCCAGCCUCGAAACUGAGGCCUUAAUUAGGGCGGGGGAGUAGAGUGGCGCGGCACCUGCGCCCGGGAUGGCGACCCUGGGGACUGGGGAUGAAGGAUCCRCACCUUGGGCGUCCUUGGAAGCACCCGCCCGCCUCCUGCUGCAGGCACUGCAGGCCGGGCCGGAGGGGGCGCGGCGCGGCCUCGGGGUGCUGCGGACGCUGGGUCGCCGCGGUGGGGAGCCCUUCGACUGGGGCCGCUUCCUGGAGGCUCUGUGCCAAGAGGAGCCAGUCCUUUGGGGACCCGACGCCCGCCUGGAGCUGAAACCACUGUUGCUGCGAUUGCCCACAUUAUGCCGGAGGAACCUGAUGUCCCUGCUGAUGGCUGUUCGGCCGUCACUGCCUGAAAGCAGGCUCCACUCUCUGCUGCAKAUUGCCCAACAGGACUCAGUCUCUGCUCCCGAUGCCUGGCUCCGAUCCCUGGGAACACUGCUACAAAGGGAUCUGGGGAUUGGAGUGUCUCUUGAGGGAGCCUCUCCAUUGUCCGAAGGGUGCCAGAGACGGCUCCAAGGCCUGUGUAGGCAGCUGGGCCAGGGGGGCAGGAGGUUGAAAUUGCCCCAGGCUGCAGACCCUGAAGGGGAACAGGAGGAGGAGGAGGAYAGGAACUCACAGCAUCGUGGGAAACGCAGAAAGGAGCCAGAGGAAGAGCCUGCCAGUCCUGAGGGGGAGAGGGCCCCCAAAAGAUCCCGGGAUUGGGAGGGGGAAGAAGAUCACAAGGAUGAGAGUCUUGAACACGAGUCAUUGGAAUCCCUGGGUGAUGGAGGAGCCACAUCAACUACUAAGAACCAGCUGGAUGUGGGAGCUGAGACCAGUGAGGCUGGCCUAAGUCUGGAGGAAGCCAAGGGUCUUGCUACAAGCAUGAAGUUGCCCAAAGCUGUCCAGGACCAGGUGCCCAGGCUGCAGCAGCUGCUGAAGACCUUCAGGGAGGGAAUGGAGCGGUUGGAGGCUGCCCCACCAAGUGAGCUGCAACUUUUCCAUGAGUGUAGUUCCAGCCAGAUGGAGCUGCUGUGUGACCAGCUGCAGCUCCCCCAGCUCUCAGCAGCAGGCCUCCUGCAGCUCUGCACCUGGCUGCUGGCCCUGUCCCCAGAUCUCAGCUUCAGCAGUGCCACUGUGCUGACCAGGAGCCUCUUUCUUGAACGGAUCCUCUCCCUGACUUCCUCUGCUUCCCGGCUGCUCAGGACGGCCCUGACUUCAUUCUGUGCCAAGUACACCUACCCCGUCUGCAGCGCCCUCCUUGUUCCCCUUCUCCAGGCCCCAGGCAUAGGUCCAGCUCAAACAGAGUUACUGUGUGGCCUAAUGAAGGACGAGUCCCUGGAGCCGGACACACAGGGCCUAAUGCUGGGGCAGAUCUUAGAGCUGUCCUGGAGGGAGGAGACUUUCCUGGUGUUGCAGUCACUCUUGGAGCGGCAGGUAGAGAUGACCCCAGAGAAGUUCAGUGUCUUGAUGGAGAAGCUCUGUAAAGAGGGGCUGACAGCCACCACCUCCCUGGCCUAUGCCAAGCUCGUGCUGACAGUGAUGACCAAGUACCAGGCUCAUAUCACUGAGGCCCAGAAGCUGGACCUGGCCAUGGUCCUAGAGUCCAACACCACCUUCCUGAGGAAGUCCCUACAGGCUUCCUUGAAACAUCUGGGCCACUGACCAUYCAGCAAGGGAUCACCUCCUGGAGCUCCGACACCAGUUUCCUGAAGGAGAUUUUGCCCUGAGCACCUCUCCCUGACUCCUUGCCUCAGACUGAUCCCCGCCGAUCCAGACUGACCAACUGCCUCCUUGUUCCAGGCUGCAGAGGCCAUCCUGACCUCCCAGUCAGGAGGGAGAGCUCUGGAGUGAAGGGAGGGGGCUGAAUGAACUGUUUGCCAGGGCUGCUGGCCCUGGGCUUGCUCCUCAUCACCUCUGAGGCUGCAGAAAUGGAAACUUUCUGACAGGCCUAAGUAGUCAGUGGCAAUGCUCAGUGGGGUCAAUGAUAGACACAGAGUGCUGGAGGGGA